CCCACUUCCGAAAACACACUCCCACUCGCUAAGAGCAAUGUCUCAAAGGCUCCUAACAGCUUUUCUUUUCCUGGCCACCGUACCUGGGUUCCAAGGAAAAUCAUACUCCAAUGUCGCGGAGAAAUGUGAUCUAGAAAAAUGCCAGCCACCAAAUUGUCGCUGUAGCGAUGAUUUUCAGCCGCCCGGGGGCCUAUCUCCAGCACUUACUCCUCAAAUUAUAAUGAUAACUUUCGAUGACGACAUUACUGUUAUAAACUACGAGCAAUACAAGGAUGCUGUCAAGGGUUUUACAAAUCCAAACGGCUGUCCAAUAACGGCUACAUUUUUCAUUUCUCAUAACUACACAAAUUAUUACUUGGCGGAGAAACUCCAUUCCGAGGGCCAUGAAUUGGCUGAUCACACGGUUACACACCGAACACCGACCACGUACUGGGAAGACGCGACGUAUGAGGAAUGGGAGAGUGAGAUUACAGGAGAAAGGGAAAUCUUACACAAGCUUACAGGUCUACCUUCCAGCACAAUCAAAGGCUUCCGAGCGCCUUUCUUGGAAAUUACCGAGCACCAAUACCAGGCAUUAUACACGAACAACUUCACAUAUGAUCUGUCAUGGCCCACUGGGCGAUACUAUAACCCACCGAUGUACCCCUAUACGUUAGACUACCGCUCUAUACAGGACUGUCCGGUUGGAAAGUGUCCGGUUAUGUCCUAUCCCGGCCUCUGGGUGGUCCCGAAUAUUGAUCUAAUGGACGGCAAUGGGAAUGUCUGUGGUGCAAUGAUGGAUGCAUGCAACCCAACUGGUAACAGUACACAAUGGUAUGAGACAAUGCUGUUAAACUUUCAGUACCAUUACCAUAGUAACAAAGCUCCAUUCGGACUGCACGCUCACUCGGCCUGGUUCUCGCAGAGCACAGGUCACAUGGAGGCGCUGAGGAAGUUCUUGACUCUGGUCGCUUCAAGGGAUGAUGUUUGGGUGCUGACAGUUUCGCAGGUUAUUGAGUGGAUGAAGAACCCACAGGACGUGAAUGGAGCUAAUGGUUUUCCUGCGUGGGAUUGUCUCACCCGUCCCAAACCAAGAUGUUCCACGCCCAACGUGUGCCAUUACACCACUCCGCAGGACUUCUACAUGCCAACGUGCUCGGACUGUCCGAAACACUUUCCAUCGCCAACUAAUCCGGACGGCGAGUGAGCAGGAGGGAGAAGAGCAUCCCUUUUGUCCGGCCCCGUGCUUUCUUGAACAAAAAAAAAAUCCCCUUUUUGGACUGAGCCUUCUUCCUGGAAAGGGUCUUAGUCUAAUGUCCGCCAUGAGACCACACCCUUUUUAAAAUAAAAAUGUAACCACAAAUGAUUAUAUCGCAAUGCUAUACUUACUUCAGCAAAAUGAUAAUGUCCCAAGUGUGGAGGGCGAUCGGGAGGGGGUUGAUCUAAAGGGUAUAUGAUGAUAUGUAACGUGAUGGAAACAAUAAAAAAUAAACAUUUUAUUUCGUUAA